CCCCCGGCUGAAGAGACCUGCUCAAAUUCGCCUUCAUAGGUUUGCGCUGUAGAAACUGCGACUAAAUCAACGUCGUAUACAAGAGGAAAGUAUGAUGGAUCCUGCCAAGGCGGGAGAUAAUCCCGAGAAAAAGCUUGGCACUUUUGUUUUGACCUGGUGGCUAACGGCCCAAGUUCAACUAACUCCUCAAGGCAAUAGGCAGACUUCAACACCAAUCUUCGGAGGGAAAAUCAAUUGAUAAUUGAUAAUCAUAGAAAUGUUCCUGCCGCUGCCGGCAUGAGAUAUUAUUUUCCAUUAAGUAUCAUUAGACUGAACGGUAAGAGUCGAUUCACAACGCUGUUCAGGGCUGUUCUGUAUCCAGAGCGGACAGCAAGUAUAGGCCUAGGUUGACGCCUUUAAGCGCCCUAUACUUGACUUCUUGCAGCUCAAAGGAGCUGCCUUGACUUCAAUGGUAUUAUUCUUAGCAGUGGUAUAAAAGCCAUAAAGCUGUCAUCGCGGUUAUUGGAAACCCACAUAAAGCAACGUCACCACUAGAAAAAAUAACAUCGAGCUCCAUGUCGCAAUGGAUCAAUUGUACAAUAUCUCAGCAACUAAUCCGUAUUCAUGCUUAUAAGACUGUAAAUUGGCAUUCCGCAAAUUCUGCUUGAUAUUUUGCCAGAGUAAAAUUGGAGGAAUUAAAGUUUUCUAUUUCUUUACCUUACUUAAAUAAGUAAAGCCUAUAUUAAUCAUCAUUGUAUCAUCACGUGAUGGCUCGGUUAACUAGUUAGGUACCUAAACUAGUUAACUAGCGGAUGGGUAUCAACAUAGAACCGGAGGUCAGAUUACAUUAUAAGCACUUUCGACGAACUUCGUGACAAGCUCGCAGCAUCACAGGCAUUUUUGUUAAUAUUGCAACCCUUUACCCUUACGCAGAAUAUACCACUGCCCCUGCCUGAUCUUCCUCUGCUGAUCUCACUGAAAUGCAGACAUACAUACUAGGCAAUUGCCGAGUUGUCAAGCCAGCAGAGUGGGACCUCGAUUGGUGGAUCAUGCCAUUACAUAUCCUUUCUAGGGGGGAAAUCAACUCAAUUUUACAGGAUUAGCCUAUGCAGUAAUACCCUAGCAAAUUCAGAAUCAAGCUUCCCCUCUGCAGCAGUUCAGCCUGGCAGCCCCAACCAAAAGGCUGGCUUUCCGUCAAACGUGUUCACCAGCAUGAUGCGUUUCGAAAUAUCAGGGCAGCAUUAUCCAUAUCCAUUACCCCAGUCCAUAUGACGUGGAGUGUUGUGCUAUGUUGAUGGUGGAUCUGGGAUGGAGAGCCUAGCAGAAUCUCCGCUGGGCCGUAAUGCUUGUUCGAAGUUGCACGUUUUUGACGAAGCGGCUGGAGCACACCACUUUGAUGUGUUGUGGUUGGCCAAUCUGCUUAUGCAGACAUUUUCGUACAUACAUGCGUACACAAUAUCUAAUCAAAAGGUUCAGCCAGCCGGGCCGGACAUGAUCCUAUCUUAUAUCCGAUAUCCGGAGGUUUAAAAUGCCUAACUAUAUUACUAAUAUUAAGGACCAACACCUAUCGACUUCUUAUAUUCUCGCUUCUUAGCUUCAUGCAUCCUUUAUUGGAAUGUCGCCGAGGAGCAUGAGUUGAAGGAAGAUAAAACUUAAUGUCCGCCAAAACUAGAGCUGAUGGUUCCAGGCCUAUAUUCAGUGGAUGGAUACAUAACGGCAUCCACAGCGGGUGGUCUGGAAAAUCCGCCGCGCACUACCGUCCUUAAGUCAGAAAUGUGGGCUCUAAAGCAAGGAAAACAACCAAGCUUAGCUUGCUCGCCUACUGGAAAAUCCAACAACCUUGUCCGAAUUUCGGUGUGUAUCCUCUUGGAUCAAGCAAUGUUUAAUUCAGGGGGGAUUCAUGUUUGAGCUGCAUUUGCCUAUCAAUCGAUCCCCAGGUUGAUCAAUGUCUCAAAAUAGUAUUAUGCAGAUGACACAAUGAUCUACCCGCUAUUCCUCACUUUAUUUUUACGUCCCUUAAUCUAGGACUCGAGAGGAUACACACAUAUGUAUACCUGUUACCUCUGACAUGGAUAAGACGGGCAGCAUGACAAAAUGACGGACAAUGAUAAGAGGGCUGAUCUAUGGAUGCCCCUCGUCGUAAUCCCAUGGAUAACCUUCGCAUCAUCAUCAACUUUAACAAUACCAAGUAGGAGAAGCGGUACCCCGAGACUGCCGGCCAGCUCUAAGGAUCGUCAGCUACCUGUUUUCGGCCGUCUCUAACAGAAUGGGGGUAGCAUUGGGAUAGCCGGGCGGUGAAAUCGAAUCAGUGGUGGGGAGAAUUGGUGGUUGCUAGCUUUUUUUCGUAUACUCUCUACACGGGAUAUUCGUCUUAUAUACCCUGACACAUAUACAUGGCCAAGAUAUAUAAAUGCCGCUCGACAUCAUCAUAAAGGAAGGCGAGUCGUUCUCUCCAUCAUCAUCAUCAUCAUAAUUACUAUCAGCCUUGGAACAUUCAUACCAAGCCGGAUAUUGGCAUAGAGUGAUCCCAUAUACAUUUUUCGUUUUCAAAAUGCCUCUCAUCCUUGACUCUACAUCCCCCAACCCAGAUAUCCAGUCUUCAGUCAUGGCAAAAGACUAUAAACCGUUACUUCCUGCUAUAGUUGUUCUCAACAGGCGAUAUCUGAUCACCGGCAAUAGCGCUGCUGCCAAGGUGGGAGCAGCUGCGUUCGCUGCCUCGGUCGUCCAGGCAUUCGUGGAGAAAGGAAUCUUCCUGGGAAUGAUUCUGUAUCAGAGGGACGAGGAUAUCGUGGAUCCCUACAUCUCCAGUGAGGCCUUUAGCUCAAUUUCUACUGUGACAGUAUCUUUCAAUUUCCACAUGGAUCCAAGCAAGGUCGCAAAUGCCCUUCUCAGCUGCAUCAGAAUCCUCAAGGCUACCAACCCAAUGGAAGGGACCCCUAUGCUAUACUAUCAGACCGAUACUCUGAUGGAGUACCAUCCUCGUCACAUCCCUUCAUGUGUCACGCACCACGGCCCCUUUUUUGGGAGCUUUGCAAGCAUUUUCUCCAAGGAGGCUGCAGCGCUGGCUUUUGGAAGCAUGGAAAAGGCAGAGCACCUGGAACGGCAACAAGACAAGGGAAUCGAAAUAAUCAAGAGCCGAGAGAAUGCAUUCGUCCUCCAACAUUCGCAGCUUCAAGGCAAUUUCCUUGCCUCCAGGGGCGUCACCGCCUUACGUGAGCUUUGCCCGCCGAUCGAGCUUCUGACUGAAACGGAAGAAACCAAAGACGAGCUCCCCGAAAACAUUACUGAGUGGUUUAACUUCGAUGGGGUUGUGAUGUUCACGGCAGUUGCCCGCCUCGAUUACUUUAAAAAUAUAGAUCUGCUUGUUGACGCGGCAAUCCUCCUUUGUGCUCGGGGUAUCCCUCUCAGGGUCUUUGUGGCUGGGGGAGAGCAGCCAGAUAGCAUGGAGCACAGGGCACUCAUGGACAAGGUUCCACCCCAGUACCAGCAUCUGUUCCUGCUGGUCCCCAAGGUCUCGAGAUCUGCCUUGUACAGUCUAUUCGCUGUUGCACGACACACCGGCAUCUUCAUCUGUCCAUCCCGCUACGAGACUCUUGGUAUCACCCCACUGGAGGCAGCUCUCAACGGCGUUACUACCGUUAUCUCAAACUCUAGCGUUGUAGAAGCCUCUCGGUUCUACCCAGAAGAAUUCCGAUUCAGCCCAAACCCAGAAGACCUCUCAAACCUAAUUGUUCAGCUUUCGGGGCCGCGGGGCACGUUGGCUAACUCGGGAGACCUGAUCCGUCUUCAUGUUGGAAAGUCUAUCCAGGGCAGCAAAUUCCGUUCUGACCUUCUUGACGCAUGGUCGGAUUUCUCAGUGCAGUACCUCAGUACACUAGUCAACUAUGUGCCAGCGGUACAGCCGCCGCUCUGUUUGGAGACAGCGCCACAGGAGUUUGGGAGUGGCAUGAAGGGGCAAACACGGGUGGUUGCAUGAGCAGGAAGAGCAGGGUCCAGAGCUGCAAAAAAGGCUGAAGAAAGGUAUAAUUUAGAUCAGAGUGGAUAUGCCAUGGAGACAGGAUGAUUUCUUUUUCUGGUUCUUUUCCAUUUUCUUUUUCUUUUGGUUGUUUUCUUCUUUAUUCCAGACCUUAUCUUAGUUCGUGUCCUUCGCUUCCCUAUUUUUACCUGUCAUGGCUUCCGAGAAGCAGACAAGCUACUCAUUGAUGGAAGGCUUUUGUUGUUCUGGAGCGUUGAUAUACGAAUUCCAC